AUAAACUCCAAAUGAUAAUUAAAUUUCUCAUAAUAAAUAAAAUAGAAUUCACAUAGAUGUCAGAUAGCGAUUGUGACCAACAUGAGAGGAAAGAGGAGGAAGACCCUUCUAGGAAUAAGAAGAAUUUGCACCAUCAGAGUUUAAAUACCACAGACAAGGACAAGCGAAGCAAGAAGAGAAGGAAGAAGGCUAAAGAUCAGACUACUACUGAAAUUUAUAACAACGAUGCAGGUGAAAAAGAGAAGAAAAUUCAAAAAGAGCCCAUUGUAGAGCAUUUUCCAGGAGAUUCUGUUGUGCACAUCACUGUUCUGAGCGGGCAGAAAGACAUGCUUGAGAAAUUGCUUUCAAAUGGUAUGAGAGCUGAUCAUCAUAGCUCGUAUGAUGGUGCUACUCCUUUGCACAGAGCUGCUCAGACUGGUAAGAAGGAAAUUGCGCAAGUUCUUUUGAAUCAUGGCGCGCUAAUUAAUUCUCCAAACUUUUUAGGACAGACUCCUGUCCAUGUGGCUCUUGAGAGGAAUCACUCAGAUUUCGCAAGGUUUCUAAUAAACAAGGGAGCUCGAAGGAAAUGAAAGCAUAACUGCAUGCGCUGUCAAACUCUUCAUGAUACUUUGCAAAAGGAGUAUCACGAGAAACACAAAAGGAAGAGUAGACAUAGAAGGAAUAAUCCCAAGAGAGAAAAUCCUCGGAACCAUCAAGUUGAGGUUACUCAUGAUCAGGUCCAAGAUCAUCUGGUGGUUGAAUCUGAACAGAGUUCCCAGAACCAAAACUGUGGGAAGGAAUUUAAAGAGCCAAAACCUAUUGGGAAGGACUCAUCAUCUCUAAAUACUGGCAAAAUUUGAUCAAAAUCUUGUGAAGAAAACGAAGCUGAUUCGAACGAUAGUAUCGAAAGUAUCAAUCUGACUGAGUUUAUAAAAUAGAGAAAAGAAAGCACUUGGAGGCCCGAUGCUGAGCAAAGAAGAAAAUGACGCUCUGAGGAAAAAGAAGUUACGGGGUGGAGAUUAUAAAGAAAAAUCAUCUGAAAGUUCCAAUCAAAGUUCAAACCCUCCUUCACCUGUUCAGAAUCCAUCAGGGAACCAAAAUCAGACACUUUUGGCAAACCUAUAUGAAGAAAGGAAGAAGAAAGAGGAAGAGAUCAAAAAGCUGAAGAAGUCUGGCAAUUUCUUUAGAGGUGCGAGAAAAUAAUAAGAUUCUAGACUUCAAUCUUUUGACCUUAAUUU